CGAUAACUUCGAGUUAUUUCGCAAUAGCAACCUAACCUAUAUUACGUGGAUGUGUUGUUUCAACUUACUCGAAUUCAGGCAGCUCAGUAUUGACUAAAGAAAUAGUGCAUAAACAGCAACGAAAUGUCCGGGUAUACCAGCCAGGAUAACAAUUACUGGUCCCAGCCACCGCCACCACCACCGCAGGGACAAUUCAACUUCGAUGCGGCUGGUUUUGGCCAACCUAACCAACAAUUUGAAUUCCAAUCGUACGAACAGAUGCCCGGUGAUUAUUCAUAUGGGCAGAAGAGCUUUCUGGAUCCCACACAGAGUCCCUACAGCGGUGACUUGUUCACACAAGACGAUUAUGCAAAAGGCACCACCGGCUUCGGCGACGAAGAAGAUGAACCGCCUUUGCUAGAAGAGCUCGGCAUCGAUCCUGACCGAAUAAUGCAAAAGACUCUGGCCGUAUUGAAUCCAUUUCAUAGGAAAGGACAGAUUGAUGACGCGAAUUAUCUGCUGCAAGAUUCAGAUUUGGCGGGGCCCGUGGCAUUCUGCUUAGUUCUCGCGGCGUUUCUCCUACUAGCUGGUUCUAAGGCACACUUUGGAUAUGUAUAUGGAUUAGCUGUGACUUCUUGUAUACUUAUGUAUAUUCUGCAAUCCCUGAUGAGCAGCAGCAGUAACAUCACGUUAUCAUCUGUUGCGUCUGUAUUGGGUUAUUGCCUGUUGCCGGUAGUUGUUCUAGCGGGUCUGGGUGUCUUCACUACAUUACGAGGUCCAAUAGGUUUGAUUCUCGCAAUCUUGGCUGUUGCUUGGGCAUCCCUGUCUGCUUCUAGGCUUUUUUCGACCAUGUCAGGAGAGGAAGAUCAAAAGCUUCUUAUAGCGUACCCAUGUCUGCUUCUCUAUGGAGUAUUUACAUUAAUAAUAAUAUUUUAAAUAAAGAAAUAAUUGUAUGUAUAUUUAUGAACUUUUCAAAUAAACUUUUGGAUUUAAGCAGAAACGUUUUUGUUUACACUCAAAUUGGUGCUAACAAUUAAAUGGAUAAAAAAAAGUAUUUACAUACAUUGGUAUACAUUUUCUGUUGUGCUAUUAGUUGUGCUAUUAAUUGUGCUAUUAGUAACAGUGAACCAUUGGUAACAUAAUAAUUAUAUUAUUCUAUUUUAUGGCAUAUCUUAAAAAACUUUCCGAAAUAUUUUACUAAACAUAUUUUGGAAGAUAUGUUUAUUUUAGAUAUAUGAGAAUAUGUAUGAGAAUAUGUAGUAUGUAUUAUAUUGGAUGCAAAUAUUAGAUCAAGUUAUUUGUUAUACAAUUUCUAAAUAAAAUUUAUGGUAUUAAUUCA